AUGGUCGCCUCCAGGAUUGCCGAUCGGCUCGGCGAGCUGCCACCACCGCGCUGGGGCCCACCCCUUCCUCGCGCGACGGUCGUGUCGCGCAUCAUCGAGCGGCUCGAGGCCGAACCAGGCCCACGGUGGGACCCUCCUCUUCCGCGCUGCGUUGUGGCCUCACGGAUCGCGGAGCGCCUGGUACCGACGACGACACCAGCCACCAGAGAAGUCACGCCCGCGGAGGAGACCAAGGCGGCGGAACCUGCUGACGCGCACCUGGCCAGCGCGGACGAGGAGACCAAGGAAAGCGAACCGCCGGGCAUGGUCGACGAAGAGACCAAGGUGGGCGACGCAGCUGAUGACCCGGUGGUGCCGACCUCGGACAUCGGCACGGACAGCGAGUGGCUGUUGCGGUUUGACGGAGCAUGCCGUGCCAACCCAGGCCCAGGUGGAGCCGGCGCUGCCUUGUUCAAGCCCAGCGGAGCAGUCAUGUGGACUUGCUCACUCUACAUGCCAAGCAGCAGCGAGACCAACAACACGGCCGAGUACUGUGCGCUGCUGCUUGGCGCACGAGCUGCCGCGGACCACGGAGUCACGUCGCUGCGGGUGGAAGGCGACAGCACGCUGGUGAUCCAGCAAGUGCGCGGCAUCUUCGCCGCAAGGAAGGCCGCUCUCCGCCGCCUGCGCAACCAGGUCAAGUUGGAACUGGCGCGAGUUGGGAGCUACUCGCUCCACCAUAUCGACCGUCAGGACAACGGCCACGCGGAUCGCCUCGCAAAUGCGGCGCUCGACCGCAGGGGCACACAGGUUGAGUGCUGCGAGCACACACAUGGAGAAGGCUGCUCCAGCACCGAGGUGACAGCUGAGGCUUCAGAGAUCGCCUCGCCCAGGGCUCCGGCGCCAGCGGAGCGGAUGCUCCCGGACAUCGCGAUGCUGGACGCGGACGAGAGCGCCGGCGAUGUUGACGACGGCGAGGUCUACGCGCCGAUGCGCAUCGGGCCGGACGCC